AUGACUCAGGCUGGAGCUCUCCUGCUGCUCUGCACUGCCUUGCUCCUCAUCGCGGGUGGAAAGUGUGAUGACAUCUGCCCAGCCUUGAGGGACACUGUUGACCUGUUCAUAUGGGACAGCCAUGACGCCUAUAUUGAACAAGUUGAAAAGUAUAACCAAAACUCUGAUGUUCUGGAAACUGCCGAUAUUCUGAAGAGCUGUGUUGAUGAGAAGUUGACAGCAGAGAAUAAGCAGGAUGCUCUGAGUGCUCUGAAUAAAAUAUACUCAAGUUCUCUCUGCUGA